GAACAAAUACAAUCAUACUAUCUUGUUACGAUCUGCAUAAAAAAUUUAUACCGCUUGAAAAUUAAAGUUUGCAUUCUUUUUUCUUUUGUUCUUUGACACGACUAUAAAAUGGCUUGGGGUGGUAAUGACGGUGCCAUAGAUCGAUGGGUUAAGCAACUUCAGGAGAACGAUCCAAAGUUGAAAUCACUACAUAUUCUCAGUUUUAGGCGAGUCAGUGCAGCCGAUCUUGGUCGAAUUUUUAACGCGAUCGGCACCAACACAGUUUUAGAAGAGUUAUACAUUUCUGGCCAUGCUCUCAAUGUAACAGUGAUGGAUCAACUUAGUGAAGCAUUAACUAUUAAUGAAACUCUUCAUACACUGAAUCUCGGCACGUCCACUUUUGGUAGCGACAUUGAUGUUUUCGGUCUAUUUUGUGAAGGUUUAGCAGCGAACGAAGGACUUCGAAAGCUCGAUUUAGAAAAUAAAGGGUUGUUAUGCAAUAAACAAGACAAAUAUAGAGCAAUAUAUCUAUUUGCUGAGGCUCUUGCGAAAAACAAGCAUUUAGAGGAAUUGAAUUUGACCAGAAAUGAACUCGAUGACCGUGCAAUGGAGAUUCUUGCGCCCGCCUUGACAGGUCUUCUCAGAAUCAAUUUGGGCAUCAAUAACAUUCAAAAGCUAGGCGCAAAAGCCAUUGCUGAGCAAAUUCUAGUACCUUCAAGCAAAGUUGAAGAGAUGGAACUAUCUGAAAAUCCAUUAUUAGAGGGAGCCAGCCUGAUCGCUGCAGCAUUAGGCAAUGCAACAAAACUACGAGUGCUGAAAUUAGUUGAUGUUGUUUCUGAUCAGUCAGACUUCACUGCUUUAACGCCACCAGCUCUAGGAAAUUCUACAAAAUUGGAGGAUGACGAUGCAGAGAAGAACAAUAAAAAGGCUGAUGAGAAACGGAUAAAGUAUGGUUCAGCUUUAGCAAGUGCAAUUGGACAAUCCUUAAUCAAGAAUAAAACCGUAACUCAUUUGUGGUUGGACAACAACGCCAUUGAUUCCAGAGCGCUUCAAAGCAUAACUGACAAUCUUUUAGAAAGUAAUGUCAUUGAGUUGAAACUUCGUCAAAAUCUGCUCAAUGAUGAGGCGGCGUGUUCACUAGCUAGUGCUGCUUCUCAUAGGUUAAAGCAUUUGGAGCUAGGUGAAAACAGUAUAGGUCCUAAGGGUUUUGGUAUGCUCAUGGACAGUCAACUCAACUAUCUAGGCUUGUUUAAUAAUGCGGUUGGAGGAUUUGGUGCUGACCCUGCUAAUGUACCCGAGCUCUUAACAAGCCGUAUCCAACGUUUAGACAUUGGGUGUAACAAAAUUACGCAUGAAGAUGUUGCAGCAAUAGCAGAUUUAUUAUUAAAGCAAGGUGUACCAGAAUUAAAGGUCUUGGAAAUGGGUGGUAAUGUGCAGGAUACCGAAUAUGAGCAAUGGGAAGAAACAAUAGCACGUAUUUUAGCGCAACGUGAAGAUUUAGAUAUAAUUUGGAAACGUCGACCGGAUCAAAUAGACAGUACGAAACCCCCUGUUUUGUAAAAAGUACGUUCGUCCAACAUACGGUAAAGUGAUAGCAGAAAAAUAGUCGAAACGGCAAUCCUUCAGUAAUAAUCCGAUGUGCUUGCUUAUAAUAUCUCUUUUUAAAUGCAAAGUAAUAAAUGAUUCCAAUAUCCAAGCACUGCCUUUUUUAUUUCGAUGCUGUAUUGCUUUAGGUUCUAUCGUAUUACUUAUUGUUUUAUACGUUUAAUUUUUGGAGCGAGUGUGCUUUGAAGGCUUUUUAUAAUGAGAAAGGAAGUAUAAACAGAUGGUCAACCGCGAGGAAGCAAUGUGGAACUUUUGGUUUUCUAUGCUAAAAGAUCAAAAC